AUGGGCCGCACAAAGACAACUCCACUGGAGGACCUGCAAACACAUAGUAUCAAACAUAACUUUUCAAAGUUGACCCUAUCACAUGAGAUGCCCAAGCCUUUGUCCCAUAAUGUAGCUAUGAAAACCAUGUUUCCAACUCAGAAGGCAACCUUACUGCGCAAGAAGCCCAUGCCUCUCUCUCAUAACAUAAUCACUAGUACUGCUUCUUUUGUCGAGAUGGUGGCGAUCUUUAUGAUUGCUUCUGCUGCUCACGAAUUUCAGGCACAGGUCAAAGACAGCGAAGUUCUUUUUAUUUGUGCAGGCUGUCACAAAAUACACAGAAAGCAUAGCAGGAAUGAUGGCAUAAGGCCAUACUUUGGAUUUGAGGACAUCAAAUGGAAUCCAAUCUUGGGUGCUCCUGUCACCAUCCAUGGGCACUCUGAAAUGACGAGUUGGUCGCAAAUAUGUAGUGACCCCAUCCUGAUCCUCCAUUUUGUCCUUCAGACCAUCGACCCUCUUGGGUCUCCUGCAGGCAUCAUGCAGGAGAUUUUGCGGCCGUAUAAGCCCAAUGACAAACUCCAAUACCAUGAAAUAGUGUUCGAUAUUGGAACAAUGGAGAAGGCUGAGAAGCACAGGUUGUCAAUGUCAAAACUGGUCACAGAAUUGGAACACCUCCCUAUCAAGUUUGAACAUGUAGAAGUCAUCGUCUAUUCUCACUCAGAAACCACAUGA